UCUAAUGUAUCCGGUCCUAUGGCUACCAUAUACACUUCGCAAAUUAAUGCCAUCCUCAUUCAUGUAUGUAUUUAUAAAUGGGUUAGGACCGUAAAAUGAUUUACGCGUUAUUAUUUUGAUUACGCCUUUAUAGAUACAAUGUGUUUCAAAGUGAAGUAGCUACUUCUAGUGACAGUCAACUCACUAUUUUCCCAUCAAACUACCGUUAUCUGUCCAGCUUAUCAUAAUUAUUGAUCUAACCUACAGUACAGAAAGAACCUGCGCACUUGUUGUGCAUAUACUGUUAGGUGUUAUUCAAAAUCUGGAGCUGUCAAAUUACACUCCAACAGAGCCACUCUGUACACGAGAGAACAGCCGUUGUAGUAAUGUUUUGGAAAAGUGUUUGUUUUAAUGGAGAAUAACCAGAUGGAUUUCAACGAAUGCUAUGAAGACACCUGCUCAGCCGUCGCGCUAAUGGCCCGGGAGGGGAAGUGUCGACGGGUGCAGAAGCUCAUCCAGCGAGGCUUCGCCGUGGAUGUGAGAGAUAACCGGGGCUGGAACGCCCUGCACGAGGCUGCGGCGGCGGGGUCCGCGGAGUGUGUGCGCCUUCUGCUCUCCGCAGUAGUCAGCUGUGAAGACUAUGUCAACAGUUUGACACAUAACUCAGAGACUCCUCUUUACUUUGCUGCAAAGAAUGGACACCUCCGGGCAGUGAAGUGGCUCAUUAAGGGCCGUGCAGACCUUAACAGGACAACCAAUGACCUGUCCUGUCCCCUCUUUGCAGCGGUAGAGGGUGGGUACAAAGAUGUGGUGAAGCUGCUGGUAGACAGUGGGGCAGAAGUCAACGGGACUCACUCAGUGUCAGGCUGGUCUUGUCUCCAUCAAGCUGUUUACAAGGGCCAUACUGAGAUUGCAAGGUACCUGGUGGGUGUGUGCUCUCUUGAGGCAGGGGAUGACUAUGGGAUCACACCGUUAUUUGUGGCUGCACAAUAUGGACAUCACCAAUGUUUAGAGAUUCUUGCAAAGGCUGGGGCGAAUGUGAACUGCCAGGCAAAUGAUCUGGCCACACCACUGCUCAUUGCCGCUCAGGAAGGCCACGUACGUUGUUUGGAGCUUUUACUGGCUCAUGGAGCUGACCCGAACCUGUACUGCAAUGAGGACAGCUGGCAGCUGCCCAUCCAUGCUGCAGCCCAGUUCAGUCGGCUUAGUAUUCUAGAAAAGCUGAUUCCAGUAACAAACAGAGAAUGUGACCGGGGUGAAGGAAAGGUCAGUCCGGUUUACUUGGCAGUACUUAGUGGACAAGCGGACAGCCUUCGGGCCUUGCUAAAACAGGGCUACAGUCCAGACGCUCAGAGCUGUCGACAGUUUGGCUACAGCUGCCCUUUGGACAUGGCUCUGUGGUGCAACUCUUGGAACUUGGACAGUGAGUGUCACCAGACACGGGAGAUCACUCUAAUGCUCUUGGCCGCAGGGGCCCAUGUAAGCAUGGGCAUCUAUACGUUUGCAAUACAGGGCCAUGUACCUGAGCACCUGCCUUUGAUUCUGGAACACGCUGGCCUACCUCAGGGCAACCGACUCAGGGAGCUGGUCCAGAGAGCCCUUGAUGAGAUGCAGAGUGCCUCCUUCUGGCUCCCACUGCUGCUCAAAGCAGGAAUGGACCCCAUGCUGCUCCUACAGGACAAAAUGCUUGAAGAAGCUGAGAACAGAGUGCUUAAUUUCUUUCUGGAGUUCAUUAAUUGGAAGACUUUGCCCUCCGUGAUGCUGCAUAUUCUCUCUCACCGCCGAGCAGAUGGCACAUGGACGCCAUGGAAGCAUUUCGAAUCAGUCCCUGCUCUCACUCAUCUGUGCAGACUGGCAGUGCGGGCAUCGGUGGGCAGUAAUGUUCUGUGUAAGACCUCUUUUGUACAACAGCUGCCUGUUCCCACUCUGCUUCAGGACUACCUCCAGUUCAGCGACAUAUCCCUUGCUUACACAGCAGGCUGACUGUCAGCUGCGGCUAAAUAAGUUGUUGCAACUUGUUCCAAUGCAGUAUUUUGCACAUAACGUUAAUAAAAGUAUAAUGAUGCUGGA